GUUACUUUACUCUUUAGCCCUCUAGAUUCUUGCUUAUUUCUCCUUUUGUUUUGCUCACUGAAACAGUGACAGUUUGUGAGUUCGUCUUCUUCGUCGUCUCUAACCCUCGAAUCUCCCAUCGAAGUCAAUCCGUCACUAUAGGAUGGCUAGUAGCCAUAACGGUAGGCACACCAUCAUCUUGUUGCAAAACUCACCAAGCAGAGCUACGAGGACGUUUAUGGACUAUGAUUCUAUAGGCCAAGCUAUGGAUGGUAUAUGUGGCUUGUACGAGAGGAAGUUGAAGGAGAUUAAUCCAUCUCUCAGAAAUCUUAGCUAUGACAUUUCUGAUCUUUACAACUUUAUGGAUGGUUUUGCUGACAUGAGCGCUUUGGUGUAUGAACACUCGAUGAAUGCGUAUCUGCCAUAUGACAGGCAGUGGAUUAAGCACAAGGCAUUUAACCAUCUCAAGAGACUUGCCAAUGGAGGUAGUAGGUAGAUGACCAAGAUAUAAAAACUUAAGAAAGGCCUACCCCAUUAUAUGAUAUAACUCCUUAUGUAACAUGAUGUGUUUAAAGAGUUGUGGUCCUUGGAUUUGUAAUAACACAAGUGUAACUUUGAACACAAAUAUUGUAAAAAAAAAUUCUUCAUUUAAACUUGACUUCCCAAAUA